UUUUUUUUUUUUCAAUAUUUCAAGGGGGAGGAGAUUUUCCACAAGAAAAGGUUGUUUUCAUGUUUGGGAUUCAGGAAAGCAUCCAACGGAGUGGAAGCAGCAUGAAGGAAGAGCCGCUGGGCAGCGGCAUGAACGCGGUGCGGACGUGGAUGCAGGGCGCCGGGGUGCUGGACGCCAACACAGCGGCGCAGAGCGGGGUGGGUCUGGCCCGGGCUCACUUUGAGAAGCAGCCGCCUUCCAAUCUGCGGAAAUCCAACUUCUUCCACUUCGUCCUGGCCCUCUACGACAGACAGGGUCAGCCCGUGGAGAUCGAGAGGACAGCCUUUGUGGGGUUCGUGGAGAAGGAAAAAGAAGCCAACAGCGAAAAGACCAAUAACGGGAUUCACUACCGGCUGCAGCUCCUCUACAGCAAUGGGAUAAGAACGGAGCAAGAUUUCUACGUGCGCCUCAUUGACUCCAUGACAAAACAAGCCAUAGUGUAUGAAGGCCAAGACAAGAACCCAGAAAUGUGCCGAGUCUUGCUCACACAUGAGAUCAUGUGCAGCCGCUGUUGUGACAAGAAAAGCUGUGGCAACCGAAAUGAGACUCCCUCAGAUCCAGUGAUAAUUGACAGGUUCUUCCUGAAAUUUUUCCUCAAAUGUAACCAAAAUUGCCUAAAGAAUGCAGGAAAUCCCCGUGACAUGCGGAGAUUCCAGGUCGUGGUGUCUACAACAGUCAACGUGGAUGGCCAUGUCCUGGCAGUCUCUGAUAACAUGUUUGUCCAUAAUAACUCCAAGCAUGGGCGGAGGGCUCGGAGACUUGACCCCUCGGAAGGUACGCCCUCUUAUCUGGAACAUGCUACUCCCUGUAUCAAAGCCAUCAGCCCGAGUGAAGGAUGGACGACGGGAGGCGCGACUGUGAUCAUCAUAGGGGACAAUUUCUUUGAUGGGUUACAGGUCAUAUUCGGUACCAUGCUGGUCUGGAGUGAGCUGAUUACUCCUCAUGCCAUCCGUGUGCAGACCCCUCCUCGGCACAUCCCUGGUGUGGUAGAAGUUACAUUGUCUUACAAAUCCAAACAGUUCUGCAAAGGGACUCCAGGAAGAUUCAUUUACACGGCGCUCAAUGAACCCACCAUUGACUAUGGUUUCCAGAGGUUACAGAAGGUCAUUCCCCGGCACCCUGGUGACCCUGAGCGUUUGCCAAAGGAAGUAAUACUCAAAAGGGCUGCAGACCUGGUGGAAGCACUGUAUGGGAUGCCACACAACAACCAGGAAAUUAUUCUGAAGAGAGCAGCAGACAUUGCAGAGGCCCUGUACAGUGUCCCCCGCAACCACAACCAGCUCCCGGCCCUUGCUAACACCUCGGUCCAUGCAGGAAUGAUGGGUGUGAACUCCUUCAGUGGGCAACUGGCCGUGAAUGUCUCUGAGGCAUCACAAGCCACCAAUCAGGGUUUCACUCGCAACUCAAGCAGUGUGUCACCUCAUGGGUAUGUGCCGAGCACCACCCCCCAGCAGACCAACUAUAACUCCGUCACCACAAGCAUGAAUGGAUACGGCACUGCCGCCAUGUCCAAUUUGGGCGGCUCCCCAACCUUCCUCAACGGCUCAGCUGCCAACUCACCCUAUGCCAUUGUGCCAUCCAGCCCAACCAUGGCCUCUUCCACAAGCCUCCCCUCCAACUGCAGCAGCUCCUCUGGCAUCUUCUCCUUCUCACCAGCCAACAUGGUCUCCGCUGUGAAACAGAAGAGUGCUUUUGCGCCAGUCGUCAGACCCCAGACUUCCCCACCUCCCACCUGCACCAGCACCAAUGGGAACAGCCUGCAAGCGAUAUCUGGCAUGAUUGUUCCUCCCAUGUGAAAGAAUUGCCUUGAAGAAUUUUAUUAAUGAAGAGGUUGGAUUCUGCUAGAGAGUAAUCUGAUACAAGUCCCAGAGUGGAACUUUUAACUCAGGCCUUUUUAAGAGGAAUCAUAAUAACUGCAGAUUUUUAAACAAACAAAAUCACCGACCUUGCAAAUACUGAAAUUGGAAGGGAUCUGCAAGUGCAGGGUGUUGGUUAAAGUUGUACCUCCCAAGUAUUGGGGAGACAUAUUUAUUCUGUGUGAUAAAAGCAAAUCCACUUUUUCUUUUCCUUUUUUUUUUUUUUAAGCUUAACUCUGCAAUCAUUGGUCUUUUAUAAACCGUAAAGCAAGGGACACUAUAAGUAAGACUCCAUGUUUUAAUUUAUGAUUUUUUAAAGCUGUGUAAAGGGAGAAUGAAGUGAGAUAUUUACAAAAAA